CAGCAGUUUGACAUGACAGUCAUAAUUACAGACGACGGAGCUGUAACACUUUUCAAUUCUGAACUUUUAGCUGACAUUAAUCUUUAUUGUUUUCAAAAUUCAAGAAGAAUGCAUGCGCAAUCUGGAGAGCUUGGCAACCAGUUCGGGAAGCCAGAUAUGGAGAGGCUAGGCUUGUUUUCCGAGAUGCCUUAUAUGAAUGGCAAAGGAUACGUGUCACCAUUCCCAAAACCAAAACUCGAAAAGGGUCUUAACCUAAUGGGGCCGGGGCCAAAGGUAAAGACGGGUAAACAAGACUGUUAUUUCGACAAAGACCCUUUCAAACGGAUAUUCGAAGGUGAAGCGAUUAAAGGCAGAGGAAGGAAACCACCACCACUUAAAUACAAAAAUGUAUCUCAAACGCCAUUCAUGCCUCCAGCUGGUCCGAAGUUUCACUCAACACCAGGAGAUUACUACGGCUGCUUCAGCGGCAACAUCGAGGCGUUCAGCAACAAACGGCGUCCAAAGCCCGCAUUCAAAGGAGGAAAGGGAAGGAACUUUGUAAUUGGUGCAGACAAAAUGGGUGGAUGCGGUUACGCAGACAUCGGCAUCAACCCUUACCCAGAACAUGCUGUAAAUCGCUAUGGAACCAGAGCUAAGUACAAGGAGUAUGGACGAACCUUGAACGGACCGUUUGUUUCUUCGCAUUAUCCCAGUGCAUAUUUUGGACCUGAUCCGUUUAAAGACACCGAGAAAUUCAAACCCGGUCCAGUAUACGUACCUCGAAAAACAAAAGAGCUUCCCGCUCUACCUCCCGGCAUGAUCAUACCAACCGGUCCUGCUAAGUGGGCGGGUGGUUGCAAAGCCGGUACUUUCGAUAAGUUCCCGGAGUACUCGCACAACAAGUACUACACUCCGUACGAGAUCAUGAACCCAAAGAAGAAGGUACCGCCUAGGUACGGCCCGUUCUUCCCUCAAUCUACUGGCGAGAAGACGUUGUUCACGUGCUCAAUCGUCAACGAGAAUAUACGGUUUCGAUGCAACGAUAAGACGAGGAACAAUUUCGAGCCAUCAUACACCAAAUAUCUGCUUAAUUGAGCACAUAAGUUGAUCUAGUAAUUUUACAAUAAUAAAGUGCAUUUUGGGGAUUUGA